GGGCCAUAAGUCCACGUGCCGUGUUGAUUAUCCUGCUUUCGGAGUAAAAACUAAAGCGCUGACUUCGUCGGUUGGAAAAAGUUGCUCUGGUUAUUUCGCCUUAUUUUUUUUGACAAUGAAUGCAUUGUGGCCGCUUUGGUUUCUAUAGGCCCGCUGGACAAUUAGGAAGCUGAGCUGCCAGUAUUGUGGGGCUCGCGCAGGGGGGGUUGGGCUUUCACUUUGUCAGCACUGCAUUGCAAAAAAAAUGUACCGGACUGGCCGCGACCGUUCACCUCCGCACGAGCCGUGUCGCAGCCAUGAGUCGCAAGCGCUCCCACUGCACUGCACGUCUGGCGGCAAGAACGGGUCUUUCGUCUCCGUAGCUGCGGCUUAGCGCGUCCGCGGAGCAGCUCCACCCCGCUCCCCACCAGGACUGUCGCGUUGCGGAAAUGGCUGCUGGAGGGUCCUGCUCCCCCAGUAACGGAACUUGCUUCCACCGGGGAUACAGUGCUGUUGCUGCUGACACAGGUGACGAACUCGCACGGAUGGCGGACGCCCUCUGUCUAGAAGCGGCAACGCAGCGCGCGGACAUCCAAGCCUCCAGUGAGGAAGCCCGUUCAUCCAUGCCACAGCGGCCUUCUGGGGCAACGGCCUCCAGCACGGGGGCGCACAGGAAGGCCCGUAGCCUGGACUACAAGAAUGGGGACAGGGGGGACGGGGGGCCACAUCAGGGCCUCUCCGGGAGUUUGUCGGUCCUCCCCCAAUCUUACACCCCCGAGAGGGCAGCAGUGCCUGGGAUUCGCCCGUGCACUGACUGCCAGAGGGCCGGCUUUGCCCCCAGGCGGGGCUCAGGGGUGAACCUUCCCCCGCCGCCCCUCCCAGGCUCUGGGGCGAGCCCCCCAAGGGCGUUGUUGCCGGGGGAACGGGGCGUCGGCUCGGCCCCCGCCCUGAGGAGGCGGGUCCUGUCGCACAGCAGCACGGAGCAGGGAGAGGAAGAGGAGGAGGGGGAGGAGGAGGAGGAAGAGCAGGAGGAGGAGGCCCUGCUGGUCGGCCCGCCCCUGGCCGCGCCCUCGCUGACCCCCGCAGUGGAGAGGAGGCUGAGUAAGAGGGAGAGGAGCCGGCUGAAGCUCCUGAGGAGGAAGCAGAGGAGGAGGGACCGCUGGAUUCAGAGCCAGCUGCAGGAGCACAGACAGAGCUCGACGGGGAACGCGACGAGCAGCAGCGAGGACGAGGACCCGCCCGCGGGCGACCGGGACGGCCUGAUCUGCGCCGUGUGCCUGGACGUCUACUUCAGCCCCUACAUGUGCCACCCCUGCGGCCAUGUCUUCUGCGAGCCCUGCCUGCGCACGCUGGCCAAGAACAGCCCCGCCAGCACCCCCUGCCCCCUCUGCCGCACCCUCAUCACCCACGUCUUCUUCCAGAAAGAGCUCAAUCACACCGCCCGGACCUUCUUCCCCAAAGAGUACCUGUCCAGGAAGCAGAACUUCCAGAGGGCCAGCUGCUCAAAAUGGCCGCUUCCCAGCUGUAAAAAACUCUUCCGUAUAUUUGGGGGGUUCCGGCGGCAGGCCAGCCCCAUCACGCGCCGGCAGUUCCCGCACGGAGGGUACCGCCUGGACGCCCUGGACUUUGAGGACGCCUCUCGCGGCUGGAGGUUCGACAUGGACAUGGUGAUCAUCUACAUCUACUCCGUCAACUGGGUCAUCGGCUUCAUCGUCUUCUGUUUCCUCUGCUACUUCUUCUUCCCUUCCUUCUGAGUCCUGGCCGCUGAGCCUCAAAACAGGCCUUUAUAACCACUUUAUAACACCUUUAUAAAUGCUCAAUUAAGCCAAUGGUCUAGUCAACUUUGUGUGGGAUCUGGCAACUCGUGCUUCCUUCCAACCCAGAGUUACUAAUGUUUAUUAUUGUACCUAGCAUCAACUAUUUUCAAAAGUGUAUUUUUAAAGAAUUGUGUAUAAUGCAGUUACUAACCCUUUACUCAUUAAUUCAUUUAUAAAAACGCUUCUUAAUCGUGCAGACUCAAAGCCCCCAUGUGGAAUGAUGGGGAAACUUCUGGCUGAUGUUUUUUCUUUUUCAGCAAAACAUGGAGAAAAAAAGAGUGUUUUCAUUUUUUUUUAGCAAGAUUGUCAGUGAUA